AAGUGUACUGCGUUUCCAGUGCACGGCGUGGCGCCUGCCCUGUGCUGACCCUCCUGAAGCUGGUGAGCACACGGCAGGAAGUGCUUCUGGGGAUGAGCAUAGACCACUUACUCUCCUGUCAUCACAUGACCCUGGGCUCCAGCAUCACAGAAAGCAGACAUGGGGCACAGGCAGGGGGCAUUUUGGGCUUCAUACAAAGUCCAGCGGUGUCCUGGGUUACCUGAGACCCUGUCACAGAGAAACGAUGGCUUUCUGUAUAUACCUGAACCAAAUGCAUUUUGUGUUGAGACUUGAUGCCUUCCACUUCCCAUAAAGGGACAUUAACCUACAUAGUGAUGCAGCAUAUUCAACCAUAGCCUGUAUGUAGCUCUCUCCAGCAAUGCUUCUCCACCCGUGGGUCACAGCUCCACAAGCCUUUCACAGGAUUCGCCUCAGACCAUGGGAAAACACAGAUGCUCACAUUACGAUCCCUAACGGUAGUAAAGUGACAGUUAUGACGUAGCACUGAAUUAAUCUUGUGUUGGGUCACCCCACCCUCACCUAACGUGAGGGGCGGUAUUAAAGUGUUGCAGUGGUAGGAAGUCUGAGAACCACUGCUCUGGAACACCUCAUCACCCCAGAAUGAAGCCCACACCAGCAGCAGUCACCCCAUGCCCGCGUCUCCAGCACCCCGAAUGCAUUCCUGAUCUCCAGAUCGCCCUGUUGCGGACACUUGCUGUCACCAAGUCCACACUUUGCCGUCUCUCCGCCGUCUCUCCGUGCCUUGCUGUGAUGGUCCUGGCGACAGACACUGCGUCCCAGCAGGAGCGGCUUCAAGCCAUCGCUGAGAAGCGUAGGAAGCAGGCAGAGAUUGAGGGUAAGCGGAGACAGCUGGAGGAUGACCGAAGACAGCUGCAGUACCUGAAGUCCAAGGCACUGCGGGAACGCUGGCUGCUGGAGGGGACACCAUCCUCAGCCUCGGAGGGUGACGAGGACAUGAGGAAGCAGAUGCAGGAGGAUGAACAGAAAGCCCGGGGCCUGGAGGAGUCCAUCACCAGGCUGGAGAAAGAAAUUGAUGUCCUGGAGUUUGGAGAGUCAGCCCCAGCUGCCCCAAAGGAGAACCCAGCAGCCUCCAGCCCAGUCUGGUCCCAGUCUACAAGUCCAGCCAAGGAGGAGCAAAAGUCAGAAACCACAGUGAACGCUCGGCAGACUCCGUUGGGCACCCCAAAAGAGAAUCGCACGUCCACACCGGUGCGGUGUCCAGGGGGCUCCACAAUGAUGAAAGCAGCCAUGUACUCGGUGGAGAUCACGGUGGAGAAGGACAAGGUGACCGGGGAGACCAGGGUGCUGUCCAGCACCACACUGCUCCCCCGGGACCCACUCCCUCAGGGCGUGAAGGUCUACGAGGACGAAACGAAAGUGGUCCAUGCCGUGGACGGCAUCACUGAGAACGGAAUCCAGCCUCUAAGUUCCUCCGAGGUGGAUGAACUCAUUCACAAGGCCGAUGAGGUCACACUGAGCGAGGCGGGGUCCACAGCUGGGCCAGCGGAGCCUCGGGGACUCGCAGACGAUGUCACCAGGACCACGCCGUCCAGAAGGGAGAUCACAGGAGUUGAGGCUCAACCAGGAGAGGCCACGUCAGGUCCACCAGGCAUCCAGCCCGGCCAGGAGCCCCCGGUCACCAUGGUCUUCAUGGGUUAUCAGAAUGUAGAAGACGAAGCAGAGACCAAGAAGGUCCUGGGCCUGCAGGACACCAUCAAGGCUGAACUGGUGGUGAUUGAAGACGCGUCCACCCCCAGGGAGCCCGCACCACUCAAUGGCAGCGCGGCUGAACUCCCAGCCACCAAGGAGGAGAACCAGACGGGGCCCACGACCACACCCAGCGACGCCCAGGAUCUUGACAUGAAGAAGCCUCGUUGUAGAUGUUGCUCUGUCAUGUGACCCACCGGGGCACCCCAGUCCCCGGUCCCCGUCCUAUGCUCCACACUCAAACCCAGCAGCCCGGCCCUCCCCGGCGCCUGCCCGCCCUCACCCUCCACCUCACAGGCCCCAGACACAGGUGUGGUCCCUCCCUAUGCACCUCGAGUCACGGGUGGGGGGGUGCUCUGCCCGUCUCCACACUCACCCCAAACCUCUGAGCCGUGCGUCAUCCCUUGGUGAGAGACAGGCCAACCCAUAUCAGCCUCCCUAAGAAUGGGGACCCCCAGUCCAGGUCACAGCAGGUUUACAGAGGCGGCUUAUGCCCACCAUAGUCCCAGCCUGGUGUCCCCUUGCCGCCCCAGGCCAGCCUGUCUGUGCCUUAUUGUUACUUCUGGGGAGUCUCCGAGGGGACCAGAAAGGGUCCCACUGGCCAAGGCGCCAGCAGCCUAAUGUGGGCAGGUGGGUGAGGCCACACUUCUUUGGAGACUCAAAGUCGUGAAGUCUUUGGUGGAGGACGGGCACCUGUGGGUGGGUCCCCUCCAGUAAGUAGCAGAGCUCGAAACAGGAGAAGCCCUUUACUGGGGAUGGAGCAAUCACCCAAGAUGGAGUCAUUGUUGGUCAGCCAAGCCACUCCCUGUCCCGAGAACCCCCUCCCCCACCAUGCACACACUGGGCCCUUCUUCCUGGUGCUAAUUUUGGGACCUUUGGGGUCACCUCUGCCCUCUUCUCUAGUUGGCUUGGACCAGGGUCCUGGGUUUCCCACGUACCCCAGAAGUCAGUGGGUCUGUCUGCCAGCACUGCAAAGCCUAGCGUUUCCGGGCAGAUUUAGGUUGCUCCACACACACCUUGGUGGGAGUAAGGGAACCCCCAUCUGCCACCUGGCCUGACGGGAGCCUGGCAGGGGUUCACCAACCUUCGGGCAGGCAGCAGUAGCCACUUUGGUCCCCAGAGGCACAACCCUGCACACAGGCGCUGACUCAGCUUCGAAGGACCACGCCCAGUCUAGGUCCCUUUCCUUGGGACCCCAGCCUGGUGUGCAGCAGGGUGCAGGACCACCUGCGGGGCCCGUCACUACCCGCAGCUGUAGUAGGGGCUCAAGCAGAGGCCACGGGGUCUGUGUCCUGUCCUUCCCGUGGCCAGGAGGAGAGGCGCUCUUCCCUGAGGGUGAGCCAUGGCCUCGGUCACGGCGCCCCUCCUCUUCCUCCUACUCUGAGUCCGCCUGAGUUCCUCAAGCCCUGAGCCUCGGCUGAAGUGCCCUUGCUGCCCCCUUCUGCUUUUGACGUGUGACGAGGCCCCACCCUUCACCCCCAUGUUCUUGACUUUCCCAGAGAAACAAAUUAAAAAAAAA